CGGUGUUAUGUCAAUCACAAUGUGGGUGUGGCCUAGGGAGCAGAGUGGAGGCUGGUUGAGGCCGAGAGGAUGGAAGCGGCUCCGGGGAUGGAAACUAUAGCAACGGUAAUGAGAGUAAGAGGACAAUGAUGGUUGAACAGGUAUAUAGACUUUGUGGCAGCGAUUUGGGUGUUUGCCUGUCUAACCCAAUUUACAGCUGAUUGCACCUGUGUAUGGACACAGUUGCCAUGGAAACUGACGGCAAUGAAGAGACAGCUGGAACAAAACCAUUGUCUCCAGGCCGUGGGGAACUUGCCAGAGGGAACCAGACCCAGGGAGCUGCUAUACAUGCAUCAUCAGAGUGUACUAAUACCACUGAUGCUGAACAGUCUUCUGGGAAGCUUAAGAAAACAGCAUUCAAACUAUUUGGAGGAAGGAAGAACAUUUGCACAUUACCUAGCUUUUUCACAAUAAAGAACAAAGGGCAAGUAAAAGGACCCUCCAAAAAGGGAAUAGCCAAAAGCAAAACUCACAGUGGCAUAAGUGAAGUGGUGUUGGAUAUCAACCAGAAAGAAAGAUCUGAUACUGGAUGGAUUGGAUAUACUGAUUCACCUGGUUGUAAUUCUGCUGCAGCAAGAACAUUAUGUGGCUCUAAAAGUGAGCACUCGGCACUUGAUAACAAUGUAAACUCUAAUCUCCAUAAAGGUGAAUCACUACAAUCAGAAAACUCUGAAUGUUUUGCUCAGAAACAGAACACAGACAAGCCCUCGAGUGUGCGAAGGUCAAAGAAGGGACUACGGGGUCUGUUUAGUAGUAUCAGGCGUCACAAAAAGAACAAAGCUAUUGAUUCUACUAAAGAAAAUCCAUUGGACAGCAACUGUGCUGCUGACUUUACACAUAUGGAACAAAUGACAGCAGGAGAGGAAGGUGUGUGCGCUGAAUUUAAAAAGGGCUUGGGGGAGCUAAAUUUGAAGCCUGCAUGUAAAAUGAACCAUCCGGUAACUGGUGAUUCAGUUGAUAAAAAUGUAAUUGCAAAUAGUACAAGUUCUUCAUCUAAAUCAUGUUCCAUUAAAAUAGAAAAUUCAUUGAAAAAUAAAAGACGUGAUUUUGAGACAUCUUCUGCAGAGGUCCGUAAAGCCAGUCCGGUUGAAAUUAAGACAUUAAGGGAGAAGGCAGGUACUGUUAUUCUUAAUAUGGACACUAAUUUUGGUAGCAUGCCAGAUAUUGGAAAACCUAAAUGCCUAGACCAUGAUCCACCUUCAGUACAUUCUUUUGAUCAUAUCAGCUUAAUUUUUGGUGAUGUGACCUCACUGAAGAGCUUUGAUUCCCUGACAGGAUGUGGGGACAUUACUGCUGACCAUGAUGAUGAUAGCAUUGCUGAAAGUACAGUGUCUGGUGAGAGGGGCAGAACAGCUGGGAAGCGAAGCUCAUGUCUGGUCACUUACCAGGGUGGUGGGGAAGAAAUGGCAACUCCAGAUGAGGUGGAUGACGAAUACCUUAAAGCGCUGUGGAUGAAAGCAACAGGAGCAACUAUAAUCUAUGGUAGCAGUCAAAAUAUAGCAGAGGAUGGAGGUGAGUGUCCAAGAUCGCCAAGUGAUGUUGAACACACUGCCUUGCAUAUCAGUCUGGCUGAUCCUUGUGCUCUGAGGGGGAUCACUGAUAGUGCAAUUAACAGCAGUGAACUAGUGACACCUCAGAGCGACCACCAAGAAUCUGCACCAAAUAGUGAUGAAGGUUAUUAUGACUCUACAACCCCAGGACAUGAUGAGGAAGAGGGAGAUAGCAUCAGCCAAAGCAAAAAUGAACAGCUUCCAAGGGAUAGCUAUAGUGGGGAUGCUUUGUAUGAGCUCUUUGUUGAGCAGAACGAUAGCCUCAUGAAUUCCCCUCCCAGUGAUGAACAGUCUUUAGAAACAAAGCCUCUUUCUUUGGCAACCUCAUUUGCAGGUAUUUUAAAUUUUCCUAUGCCAGGGGGUAUAAAUGUUUCUCAUAUUCCAAACAAGCAAGCUAUUCUGCUUCCUUUAGGCCAAGAUAAAUUGGACUUUAUUCCAGAAGAUGAAAUCAGAUUAGCUCACUUACAGCAGCUGACUUGUUGGGAACCAGGUGGAAAGACAGCACUUGAAAAAGGCCUGGCCUUUCAAGAAAAGGACAUGUUCUUUGGUGAUGUACACAAUACUGACCUUAAUAAUAUUGCUGCAGAAACUGACAGUAUUAUUGCCAAAAGCCAACAAGAUGGUCUGAGCACAGAGCCACUUGUUUCAUAUGGUCUGAGCAGAAAUGGGCAGGUGAAAGAUGAUUACUUGACAGACAUAGCUGAUGAGCAUAAUUGGACAGAUCUUCUGGGGUCUCGCUGUUUAGAAGAAGCCAAUAAUAUAUACAUGGAGGGCAGGCAGAAUGUGUGUGGAAACUAUAGCAAUACGAACCUUCAACAUCAGAUGUCGGGAGAGAAUUACACAGAAGAAUACAAAAGUAGGAAUUGUGAUGAAUGGGAACAACAAAUGAAAGAAGUUGAGAAUCAAGGUCUGAAAAAUGUAGCUUCGGAUAAUAUAAGUGUCAAAGGUGCAGUUGAUGAUUCCUGCGGAAAUGUCUCUUCCUGUAAUAUAGCGGGAAAGGCCGAGGAGCAAUGUGAACAAGCUAUCAAUUACUCACAGGCUUUAGUUGAAUUCACAGCUAAUAGAAAACUUUAUCCUAUUCUCUCUGAUAGCCUUGGGAGUUCUGGUUCAGGUUCACACUUCGCAAAGGAUAUACAUGCUCUGCCAGCAAUGGUAACGUUUGAUGUUGUUGAUGUUGAGAAUGAAGGUGAAUGUGACCAGCAGAGUGAAAUGGUCACAGAUGAGGAAAUUUCUGCAUCUUAUGAGACCUUUGAUAACAAUUAUAUGGCGAAAGAGCUUUAUCACCAUUGUGAUGAUAGAAUGUUUCAUAUUUGUGCCCAGAAUUCCUUCCUUGGCAACUGCUGGGGUGCUGCCAGUCUUCCGCGUCACUUUAGCCUUUAUAAAUUAAGUCCGUCGUUGCCAGCACCGUUAUCCCUUAACAGAAGGAGCAAAUCCCUUGAUACUGACAGCUUGGAAUCUGAACUCAUUGAUUUGUAUCUGUCAAAGGUCACUUCAGUGUCAAAGAGCACCCCACAGUCUCCUGAUGUUCCUCAGUACAAGCAGGACCGUAAGAAAGGAUCGGUUUCUCAUUGGUUUGGCAAAAUAAGUGGUCAAACAGUUUCUUUAGAAACCCGGGAAACUGCAAACAUUUCAAAUUGCUUGGAGCAGCAGCUUCUUCAACAUAGGGAAGAGCCUUUGUCUUCAGACGAGAGAAAUACACAGUCCAAGUCUUUCUGUCCUUUGGAUACAGUUUCGGGUACUGAGCACAUUGGCCUGGGAGGAGACUUGAGUUUAUACUGUCAAUCUAAUUCUAUUAAACUGCCAGUUCAAAACUUGUCUGCUAAACAGCAUCUGGAACCUAUAAUUAACAAUAAAAUGCUUCAUAGCUCUAGAAAGUUGGUUAGACCCACCCAUCUACCAUUGCAAAAUGAUAGUUGUAUGUUACAGUCAGGGACUGUUUCCUUUAAUUCUUCAAGGGAAAACACUAAUGGAAAACAGGCAUAUAUUUCACCUUCAUUAAAUGAGAGACAAAAGGAUGACUUUUCUAAAACUGUACCCUCAGUUCAGUAUUCUGGUUCUGACUCUGAACUUGAUGCUAAAGGAUAUAGGGAUGUCGGGCUACCUCUGGCUCUACCUCCAUUUUGCUCAAAUAAAACAGAGAGCCUGAAACACAGCAUGAACUUCACAGGACUUUACACAACUGCCAACAAUAGCAUGUUUAAGGGAAGAAGCGAUCUCGAAGUGAAACUUCCUGUUGGCUGGAUCAAAAACACUACAAUGGAUGUGUAGCAUUUAACAGACUUUAGGACGGGAACAUUCACGAGGGACUGCAGAAUAUUUUAUUAAUUUGUUUUUGUGUUACUGAUUGUAAAUUCACAAAACAUUUUUUUAAUAUUCACCAAAGGCUUUAAAUAUUACUUUUUUUUAGGAAAGAUAUUAGUGUAGCACUAUUUUUAAAAAAUGUGAAAUGCAUGUUCUUUUUUUUAAAAUAUACGUUAGAUGUGGUAAAGUGGAUGAUUAAAAUAGAAUUUCCACUACUUUGGUAUAAAAUGCUGCUUCGUUACAGGCGAAGUAUGGGAAUUUUGUGCUAAAAUAUACCAAAUGUGACUCUUACCAGUUUGGAAUUUUGUAUUACUGUGCAAGCUUGAUUUAUUUGUACUUCCAGUAUCUGUUCUCUCAAUUAUCUUUAAGGAUUUCAUACGGUUCUGUGCAUUGGUUUUCUAACUCAAAAUCAACUGAAUGCAAUGGUAUUAUCAUUUAAUUUUUCAUACGGACUGGAUUUUCAAUCCAACAACAUAAAUAGUGGUAAUCUGGCUUUCCUGUGCUUAAAAUUAAUAUUAGACAUUUCUAUUUAACUGAAGUUUCUCUCAGUCAGGGCUACGUCACUUUUCAAGAAUAUUUUCUGAAAUAAAUGGACCAGUCAGAAACAAUAAAUUAGUUGAGUCGGACUAACUUGUUACCUGACAUAGUAGAGUCAUAUAAUAGGUAACUACAGUUCCAUGAUAAAAGGGCUAUUCAGUAGUAAUUGUUAUGGGAGUACCUUAAUCAGUAUUUAAACCAAGCAAAAACUUUGGAAAGAAGUAUUGCUUAUACAGCAGGAUUUAUAUAAAGUCCUAGACUUAAAAACUGAUUUGAAUUCCCCAAACAUCCCUGAUGUAGCACCUAAUCAUGAUAGCCAUCCGAUCCCAGGUUUGAUUCCAGAUGAGAUCAACUAAUGUGGCAUUUGGAAGAGAAAAGUUAAUUAUUGACAAGAGGAGCAGUUUUAAGAUCAUCCAGCGAUUCAUACUUGAGAACCUUUUCUCUUUAGGUUGAGCAACUGUCCAAUACACGUUAUCUAGUUUUGCUAUAAAUAUUUACAUGGAUGAAAUAUGGUCAUAGAGGACUAUUUAUCAGUUACUGUGGAAUCAUUUCUCUCAGUUGGGGGGAAAUGGGGAACAAGCUCCAGUCCUACCUUAUUUCACAUCAGUUUUAAAAUAAUCAAAGGAAUGAUUAAUUUAAGAUAAAUCAAUAGUAACUAGAAACACUUAAAAGAAUGAAAUGAACACUACAAAUUCUGUAUGCUACAUAAAAUUAGUUGCUUUUCUACAAUGCUACUAUCUGAUGUAACAUAGCCACAUUGCAUGUUAUCAUUUGGAUUUGGGUGAAGUGCAACAGUUAGUCAAUGUGAUCUAUGAGAAAUACACACAAUUAUGCAUUUUUGUUUUUUCAACUUGGGUUGUGCCUAGAGACUGAGACAUCUAAUACUAUGUCUGUGUACUGUGAUUAAAUAACUAAACAGAACUGAAACUCUGCUUGUUCUGUUUAACAUUUUCUUGUUAAGUUUUAAUUUGUAGCAGAAAGUUGCAAUAUUAAUGCUAAGGUUUAAACCUAAAAUGAAAUUUCUAUGCGCAUACUUGAUGCAACUGAUAAAUUUGUACAUUUAUCUUGUUAACUAUUAAGUGUUACUUUUAAAGAAAAGGCUAGAAGGGAGAAAAGUCAGCUUCAGUUCCUGCUCGGUCUGUUACUUUGAAACUCGUGCUUCAGGCUUCUAUUUAUUUGGCUGUGCCUGCAUAUUUUGAUUAACCUCCAGAACAGUCAUUGUCUAAGAGCAUUCAUGAAAAUACUGGUGGGUGACUGCGUGAGAAGAUGUGGUAACGUCUUCAGCAGAGCAAGAAUUGCUGCAUUUUCUUUUGCACCCCAUGAUUGUACUUAUUUUUGGAACACAAUUAAAAAUUUGAUGUAAUUCCCACUGUUGCAGAAGUAGACUCUGCUGCCACAGUCUUUCUUUCUCUUCUCUACCUGAAUAUGCAAAUAAGUACUAGUGUAGCAUUUUCAAUGCAGAUAAUCUCCAUUCCAUUUGAAAUUUGAAAUAGAUGCUAUGUGAAUGUGAUGGAACUAUUCUCAAACACUUUCAAAUUUCAAUGCCACCUGAAAUACAUAAAUACUUUCAUGAAUGUGAUAAGUCAGUUUGGUAUAUUAGCAGAAGUAGAAGCAAGUUAUUUAUUUCAGUGAUCCAUUAUAAUUGCCAUUUCUCCUCUUCUUCCUCUGGAAGUUGAAAUCUGAAAUGGAAGCAAGUCCCAGUACAAAUAAUACAUGAGAAUGAUACAGCAUAGAAUCACACAAUUAGAUCUAGUGUGCCUCUCUGCUGAUAUAAGUGUCUAAUUAUUUCCAAUCUUCUUGUUCGCUCUAGUCCCACAAAUACAUAAAUUCAUAGUACAGAAAUUCAAAAUACUUGCAUCAAUAACCCAAGACAAACUUAACUUCUGUAUAAGUAAACCAGUGAAAAUCUGUAAUUUUCUAGAUUUAUUUAUCCAUAAACUGUGUAACAACUUGCUGCUGCUGCUUCCAUCUCCUACCUGGCGGCGCCCCCCACAACACAUCUCUGCUGAAAUAUGGAUCUCAAAUUUUAUUCUUUCGGAGUUUGUCGACUAUAUCAGUGGAAGUAAGAGCUCCACUACAUCUGAGCUUUGUAUUUGAGUUGUUUUAAGACAAAACAACUCUUUUUAAAACCUGAUUUUUAACAAUUAGUACAAAGUUAUACUCGCGGUAACAACCUGCAAAGGUCAAGAUUAACCCGUUUUUCCAACCGUUCAUUCAUAAUGUUACACUAUUAAGCAAACUUUCUCUGAUCUCUUAGUUUAUUUUGUAUAAGAUUAAUAUUUAUUUAUAAAGUAUGAUAAAAUUACUUCUGAGCGAUAAACAAAAACCGAGCAUUGUUUUCUAUAAAUGUAUUAACUCAGAUUGGGACAAUUUUAAUAUUUUAUGUUUUGUACAUAAAUUGAUUAAAAUUUUGCUUUGCUGCAAUAAUUAUUGCAAAUGUAACUGUUCAGUCUAAUUUUCUGCUGGUGUUAACUGUUAGUUUUUUUUUGCAAACAUUUUCUUGGUUAAUUUUGUUUGAUACAUGGCAUGUUAAUAUUGGGAAAAUUUAGUUUUUUUUUCAGGCAGCCAUUACAAGGAACAGGCAUUUUAAAUCAAGCUCUUGAAACUCCUCCCAGCAAUGUGUCUCCACCUUUUACCCAUCCUUUCAUUUUCUAUCACAUGGUGACCUCUGACAUUCUUAAAUGAUGCUCAGUUGUUGCUUGAUAUUGACAGAUUUGCACAAUUGAGACCAGACAAAUUUUGUAUUAUAAAACAUUCUUAGAGCUGGCAAACCAGCAUUAAAGUGGAGUUAUUUUUAAACAUUAUUAAAAGAAUGAAAUUGGUUAUCCUGUUUAGGAAAUGCACAAGAUUGAGAUUUUGGUUUCUUUUUUGAUCUAUUUUGAUUUUUAUCCAUUGUUCUGAAACCUAUAUAAGAAUCCCAAAUAAUUAAAUGUUUCAGAAAACUGUGGUGGUCAUUUUUUCCAUUAUUAUACAUUAAUAUAGCUUGAGGUAUCAAACUUUGGAGAGAGAUUAUGCUAAACUUGAAAAAUGUUCCAAGUUUAUGAAAAGAUAGAUACUGUCCAAACAUUUGAAUAUGAUGCUCGUCUUGUGUUAAACAGAAAUUACUGGAAAUACAGAAGAGGCAUAUCAGUAACUGAAAAGACAAUGGGAAAGCUUCUUCACAAAAGUGUUCCAAACUGAAUUAUUAAUCAGUGGUUGGGCAUUUUUGGAUGUGACUGACCCAUGUAUUGCCAACAUUUAUUGAGGUUGCUUGAAAGUAUGAAUUUUUAAAUGUUUUUUUAUGAUAUCAGUCUUAUUUGGACAUUUGGGUAUAAUUUUGUACAAGUGCAUGCUUUGCCUAGUGAAUGGUAUAUGCGUGUGUUCUCACAUCAACAAAGGUCCAAAUGGUGUCUCUGUUGUGUAUAAUAAAUAUAUUGAGGUGCCUUAAGUAACAAGGUUUGGGCUAGGAACAUUAAUAAAAUUGUUGCUGUUGUCAUCUUGGCCAACAAUGAAUACUGUUGGCUGUCCACUGUUCUGCUUGCAUGUAUAACAUGUUCUGUGGUAACUAAACAUCAGGUAGUCAAUGUUGUAGUCACUUUCAGUCAGUUGAGGCAAUGUACUUUGUGUCGUGUAACCUCUUGUAAAUAUGUUGUACUGUACAUAACAAUGACUUUGAUUGUGGAAAUGCCUUUUAUGUGUUGUAAAUUGUAUUGCAGGUCUUCAAAAUCAAACUGGUAUGCUCCAAAUAUUUAUGACCAUUUGUUCUUCCAUUAUCAGGUGUCUCAAAUAAUGAUUUACACAGUUGUGUAAAAAAAUAAAUAAACCUAAACUAUGGAG